AUGGAGUUGUCGACUGGGGGGGGAGGGGCUCUGUCGCUUUCUGUAGCCGAUGAUGGGCUCUAUGCUGCCCAUAUCAAUGGCAAAGACUUGAUCGUCUAUUCAGAGCCUACCUCGGAACACAAAGAAACUCAGACAGCCAGGGUGAAGGAGACAGGGGUCAGAGUUCUCAAAUUUUGCCCUAAACGGUCUUCAAAUUCUGGGCGUUACCUGCUUAGUGCCAAUGAAGCACGCAUCUCAGUUUGGCAGCUAGACCCGCUACAGCUGUUUGCCGAGAUUGAAAAUAUCGAACCUGGAUCAUUGAGCGUCGAGUUUGGGAGUGACGAGCACGAAGUGCUUGUUUUCCAUGCAUGGAACACAAAAGUUUCCAUCCAUUCAUUAGAGACUGGACGAAUCUCUGUCAUCAAGUCACCCAAGUCAGCCCAUCACCUUGGUUUCGGAUAUCGUCCAAGAACCAAACAAUUAGCUAUUCUGCUGAAGCCGGAGGCCACUGAUGUCUUGACGAUCCAUGAGCCCAAGUCAUAUGAUCUUGUCAAUCGGGCAGUGCUUUCGACGAUCGAUGCCCAGGGGCUCAAAUGGAGUCCUGACGGAAGAUGGAUUGCCGUUUGGGACACCGCGAGUAGCGGCACCAAGGUACUUAUCUUCACGGCGGACGGCCAACUAUUCCGAACUUAUACCGGACGAUCUGCUGAAGAUGCUGCAUACGAUCUUGGGGUAAAACAGAUUGAAUGGAGUUUGCCGAAUCCCACAGGAGAGUCUGAGGUGCUCGCGGUCGGAAAAGUCAAUGGGACUAUUGACUUGUUGCGAACUAGAACGUUCUCUUGUUCAACGACCCUUACACAUAGCUUCUCGGCAGAUACAAGCUCCCCUAGUAUCUGGCGUGAGCGAUUCACGAGUGCGAUGGGAGAUGCUGAUUAUGCCGAAACAUCGAGCUCGUCAGCCUUUAAUAUGAGCCCGGAAUCAUCGGGGCCCCUACGAGGUGUUUCUUCGAUGACCUUCAGUCCUGGCGGGACCUAUCUGGCGACCGUGGACAGUAUGCGCUCUAAUGUAGUUUGGAUCUGGGCAAUGGGUACCACACCUCGACUCGAAUCUGCCUUGGUCCACGAACAACCUGUCCGGCAAAUUGCGUGGCAUCGCUCUGCACAUCAAUUGCUCAUCAAUACGAUUUCCAACACCCUACCUGCUGUGCGAUGUUGGUCACCCCAUACGCAACCUAUCAUCGUGCGAGUUCCUACAAAGAAGAAUGAUAAUGGAAAGUAUGAAGUGAAAUGGCUGUCAGGAUCAAAUCAGAAAUCUGAAUUUUGGUUCGGAUCGACAGAAGAGUUUGUUGUCGGAUAUCUUUCUACUGACGAUGACGGGCUGUGCCAUUUCGAGGUACUUAACUCGAUGACGAACAGGGGCUACGGCAGCCACGCCGGUAGCUUGAGCCGGUAA